GCUGGGAGAAGGAGGAGCAGCUAGACCACUGUUCUUGGAGGAGGGCGAUGUCAGCAAGCUGGUGAAGGCUUCCCUCCUCUCUCCACCAUGCUCAACAGCACCAAGUAUGAAGCGGCAGCCCAGGAUGAGGCAGAUGCCUCCGCUCAGGGCGGUGGAGCCAGCCCAGCGGCGGGGCAGGUCCAACUCAAGAAGGAGAUCUCACUGCUGAACGGCGUGUGCCUGAUCGUGGGCAACAUGAUCGGCUCAGGCAUCUUUGUCUCCCCGAAGGGGGUGCUCAUGUACAGUGCCUCCUUUGGCCUCUCACUGGUCAUCUGGGCCAUUGGGGGCAUCUUCUCUGUCUUUGGGGCCCUUUGUUAUGCCGAACUGGGUACCACCAUUAAGAAAUCUGGGGCCAGCUAUGCUUAUAUCCUGGAGGCCUUCGGGGGAUUUCUGGCCUUCAUCCGCCUCUGGACUUCUCUGCUCAUCAUUGAACCCACCAGCCAGGCCGUGAUUGCCAUCACUUUUGCCAACUACAUGGUCCAGCCCCUCUUCCCGACCUGUGGUGCGCCCUACGCUGCUGGCCGCCUGCUGGCCGCCGCCUGCAUCUGUCUUUUAACCUUCGUUAACUGUGCCUAUGUCAAGUGGGGGACCCUGGUCCAGGAUGUUUUCACCUACGCUAAAGUGUUGGCGCUGAUCGCAGUCAUUAUCGCAGGCAUUGUGAAACUUGGGCAGGGAGCCACCGCUAACUUUGAGAAGUCCUUUGAGGGCUCAUCAUUUGCCAUGGGUGACAUUGCCCUGGCACUAUACUCAGCUUUGUUCUCCUACUCGGGCUGGGAUACCCUUAACUAUGUCACCGAAGAGAUCAGGAAUCCUGAGAGGAACUUGCCCCUCUCCAUUGGCAUUUCCAUGCCCAUCGUCACUAUCAUCUACCUCUUGACCAAUGUGGCCUAUUACAGUGUGCUGGACAUGAAGGACAUCUUGGCCAGCGAAGCUGUCGCUGUGACCUUUGCGGACCGGAUCUUUGGAGUAUUCAACUGGACAAUUCCAGUAGCAGUUGCGCUGUCCUGCUUCGGGGGCCUCAAUGCCUCCAUUGUGGCUGCCUCUAGGCUUUUAUUUGUGGGCUCGAGAGAAGGCCACCUUCCUGAUGCCAUCUGCAUGAUACAUGUCGAACGGUUCACGCCUGUGCCUUCUCUGCUCUUCAAUGGCAUCUUGGCACUGGUCUACCUGUGUGUGGAGGACAUCUUCCAGCUAAUAAACUACUACAGCUUCAGCUACUGGUUCUUUGUGGGGCUCUCGAUUGUGGGCCAACUCUAUCUCCGCUGGAAGGAACCCGACCGGCCUCGCCCUCUCAAGCUCAGCCUUUUCUUCCCCGUUGUCUUCUGCCUCUGUACCAUCUUCCUGGUGGCUGUCCCACUUUACAGUGACACCGUCAACUCCCUCAUCGGCAUUGGCAUCGCGCUCUCCGGCUUACCCUUCUACUUCCUCAUCAUCAGAGUGCCGGAGCACAAACGACCUCGCUGCCUCCGGAAGAUUGUAGCCUGCAGCACGCGCUACCUCCAGAUCCUCUGUAUGUCAGUUGCUGCCGAAAUGGACUUGGAAGAUGGAGAACACAGUCCCAAGUCUAAAUAGAAUCUGGAAUUCUGAGAUGUGGACAAAACAGGUGGUGCUUCUCUCCCAUUGGCCAGAAGCUCUGGAGGAGGCAUCUAGGAGCCCAGUCUUGGCAGCUUCAACUCUGAACUUGCUUUUGAGGGAAGAAAAGUAAUUUAUUUGCUUUGCUACGUGUUGUUUCAGACUUCAUAAGGGCUGGCGCAGACUGUGGCGGCAAGCAGGAUACUUCUGGGCCUUGGUUCUGGAAACACCUGGGUGCGCCUACCCACUCCUCUUUUCCUUUACAAGGGCCAAUAAUGCUCCAAACCUGUCUCCUUUGGAGGGACACAGAACUGUCACAGAUGCAGGAGAAUAAAGAGGUUACGUUCCUAAA